UAUUUGAGCAAAACUGUUCAACCGUACACCAUCUAGAAGUUUGGAGCUCCGACAGUAUACAAUGGUACACUGAUACUUCUUGAGUUCUAUCAAUAUUCUGCGCGUCUAUUCUCCGUUUCGUAUAUGUUAUCCAGCUAACAGAAGUGAAGCACACAUUUAUAUUUUGUGUAUCGUUCCAUCAAAGCCUACCAUGGGUUGUUUUUAUGAGAUUUUAACUUCUCGAAGUUUGCCUGUGGUGGUGUGUUUCUUCUUAAAGGCAUCCUGUCAUGUAGGUAUUAUUAAGACCAUUGGAAUUUACUUGGAAGAUAUCAACAUUAGUCUUGGAACGACAUCGACGGAUAUUGGAAUUGCUCUUGGACUACUCAAUGCAUUCUCUAACUUUCCAGCUCCUAUAAUUGCUGCCCUCUAUCGCCACCAUUCCAUUCGUCGUCUGCUCCUAAUAUUUGGUACAUGUCUCGCUUCGAUGGGCGUGGCCUUGACUUCCAUGGCAAACAGCAACGCUCAAAUGUCAAUCUAUCUCUCAAUAACCGGUCUUGGAUAUUGCAUGGUACAUAUAUGUUGUACCAUGACAUUGCACCACGUGGCUCAAAAUUUCAACCUACUUUUCAGCAUUAGUUUGACUGGAUAUGGCGUCGGAAUGUUUCUGUUACCACUCAUAGCUGAAUUCCUACGUCAAGCUUACGGUUGGAGAGGUGGACUGCUCAUCAUUAGCGCGCUGAUGGCACAUAUUAUCCCAGUUGGCAUGGCAGUCAAGUUGGAAUCAGAUGAGAGUAGCACACAGAGAAAUGGUUUUCAGAGUGUCCCGAGUUCGCCACCAGAGUUUAACAAGGAAGAGGAGAGCAACAUCAGCACAAGCAAGGACACAGAAGAUGACGACAGAGACGUCAGCGGAGUUUUUCGCAGGAUCACCAACGAUCUUCGCCAAUCUGAUUUUUACGUGGAUCCUGUGUUCAAUGUGUUAUUUGGUGUAACUUUGGCGUCGCAUAUGGUUUGGAGUGGUUGGCACUCCUUUCUUGUACCGCAUGCUCUGCAGAGGGGAAUCUCGAUCCGGAACACCAUUAUCAUCACUUUUUCAGCUGCAGUAGGGAAUACCUUCGGCAGGGCUGCUGUAGGUGUCCUUACCAACAGCCUCGUCAAACCUGUCACCCUCUUUCUCUUCGUUACAAUCUUAAACAUCGCCGCUCUUCUUUGCGACGUGUAUUUCAACAACUUCUACGCCAUGUUGGUGACGUCAUGUAUCUCCGCAAUGGCAGUAGGAGCGGAGGCGGUGUUAGGACAGCUGGUUGUGAGGAACAGAGCAUCUCCAGAGAAGUUUGAUGUCGUAUAUGCAGCUGCCUUAAUUUUUAUCGGAUCCGGGGGUUUCUUGGUGGCUAUUUGAGUGGAAUGAUUGCGGAUCACUUCUCAUCCUACAACGCAACGUUCAAACUAUUAGCUUUCAUCGAGGUUGUCGUUCUCCUCCUAAUGGUAGUCGUGAGAUGCAGACCAAAAGCAAACCCCGUCUGAACAUGCUGUAUCGGAAGCGUGUAACAUAUAUUUUUUUAUGGUGAGCUUUGAAAGCGAGUUCGUUCAGAAUGUUUUCUUUUAAUAUAUUAAAAAUAAAAUUAUUUUAAAAACAAUUUCUUUUCCUUUUUCAUAAACGCAUUUGGAGCUUAUUAUAUAAGUAAUCGAUAGGCAACUCAUAGAUACUUUUGUUUUACAUGCUGAAUAUAAUAAUACAUUUAUUACCAACAUACUGUGUAUAGAAUUUGAAAAAAAUUGUCUCUUAAUAUGUUCAAGUAUUGUAGAGUACAAUAAAAAAAACAAAAAACAUUUGCAUUAAAACAAAAUCCCAUGUCCUACAACAAUAGAAUAACGAUUCUGAUCGGUUUUUAUCAAGAACAGCCAAUCGAUACGGUUAGUAGAUGGAGUAGAUUUAUGUAGAAGGUACAUGUAUAGUUUCACUUGCAGAGUGAAUGCAAUGAAUAAACGAUAUCAUUUUCCGGAAGCUUGUUUAUGCACAUUCCCUCCCAUUGGGAAGGCCCUCCUCCUAGAUAUUGUUGAAAAGAUUAAAUGAAUAUUAACCUGGCAUUAUUGAGAGUCCCAAAUGAAAUAUAUAAUGUUGGGAGGUAACGAUAACAAUAAAAGCAGAAAACAAUGAACGAGAAGAAAAAAUAAUAUUUUGAACAAAAAACAACGACAGAGUUUACGUUGAUUGUGGCUGUAUCCCUCCUUCGGUUUGAAUUAAGGGCCAUGUGUUUGGUCAAUGUGUUUGGUCCAUGGAGGGACCCUAUUUUGUAUAACGUUGUUUAUAUGUUGCCACUCUACUCUGUGUUUAUAUAAUUUGUUUUUCCUAUAUAUUAAAGGGGCUGUAGCAUGGGAAAUACUGGUUAACGUUAUCCACGACUUCUUUUGGAGAACUGCACGUAAACGAAUGGACUUGAUUAUUACUGGGUCAGCGUUCUAGCGUUCGCUAAACAGACCGAAGUUCUCCUCACUCUUCGGUUUGCGUAUGUUGCACGCACGUGAAUACAUAGGCCUACAGCGGUCGCGUCGUCCAUAGUCGUAGUAGUAUACCCGAUUGGCCUCGAGUCAGGCCACGGGUAAGACAAAUAGUCUCGUCAUUCUACAGCCCCUUUAAGCUACCUCCUCUCCGGUUCAUUUCUACAUGGUUAUAAAGUGGAGAAAAUAGUUUUAUUCGGUUAAAAUGUUUUGUUGUUUGCAUCUUAAUAGAUUACUUUCAAAGUAACACGAUUUAAAUUUUGGGAGAUUUGAUUUCUUGGUUCUGUUUCCCGAGUAGGAUGUUUCCCCAAGAGUAAGAUAAUAAAAUAGUUAUCGUCCUUGGUCAAAAAACAUAAAGUGAAAAUUGUUUCCAAAAAUAUCCAAACCUUGAAACAAAUGUGAUAUGUUUUUUAAUUCUUUGUCGGAAAUAGAGCAUUGACAGUCACUUCUUUUUCCCUAUACGAGCUAGCGACUUGUUACAGGCGCAAAUCAUUUAUAAUAUUAUAUUGUGUCAUUCUCAGUUUUGUGUGUAUGAUUACGCUCGCUGGUAAUUACAAGAGACUACUGAACUUUUCCGCCCUCUA